AAGGAUCCAUCAGGCCAUUGGCACUGGAUCAGCAGCUCCACAACUCGCCCUUGGAGCAAGCAGCCGUGGACCUGCAAGGGCUGCGGCACCACGAACGUGACCAAGAACGCGUGCUCCACGUGCGGCAUGCACCGCACUUACUCGGAUGUGGCAGCCGCCCCGAAUGCCCUUCCGCCGUCCUCGCCGUCGGCUCCCAAGGCGCCCAACAACCCUGUGCGGGCGAAGCUCGAGGAGGUGGCCGCCGCGCUCUCGGCAGCCACGACCCCCGUCCAGCGGGACCCGCCUGCCCCUGCCCCGUGCAAUGGCGCGGACAGGGAAACCGCCAAGCAGACGCUUCGCGACCUCGAGACCGCCUUGAAGGCCCUCCCCGACGUGCAGUGCCUCCAGGAGGAGCGCAUGACCCUGCAAGCGAAGAUCUCCCAGCAGAAGGCGAUCCUUCGUGGGCCCGAGCCUGUCGGUGCCCGUCUGGACAACGCAAUGGCCGCCCUCGGGCGCGCCCAGCAGCGCAACGCCGAGUGCAAGACUGCCCUCCAGCUCGCGCAGGAGGCGAUGGAGGUUUCCAACAGCGAGAUCACACGCUUGAACCAGGAGGUCGCGUCGCUCAAGGCGGAGUUUGCGGAGGAAGGCCACCACGCGAGCAAGCGUGGCCACUCGCCUUCCCCGACGGAGACCCUCAAGGAGACGUCCGGCCACCUCGAGAAGCUCCUGGCGAUGCUUUCGAGCGGAGCGGCCUUGCCGAAGGAGCACGUGGAGCAGGCGAAGGCGUACUCGGACCAGCUCCUCCGUGGCUUCCAGACGUGCAUCGCCACCAUGGAGGCCCAGGAGAAUCAGGCUCUGCCGGAGGUUCGCCGCCGGUGCAACGGCAAGCAGCCAAUUCCAGUAGUCCCCGUGUCUCCGCCGGACCCCAAUCUGUACGAGUUCAAGCCGGUGCGCCACGUCGGCAAGCAGCCAGUCCUCACGCGCCCGAGGAACAUCUUCGACCCCUACGGCAUCUCGUCUGGAGGCCCAGCCGCCGGCUCGGUCUCGGCUGCUCUCUUGCUCUCCAAGGUGCAGUCGCUUGAAUACCAAUUCAACGAAGUGCCAGUCGACUUGAUUGGCAUUCAGGAAGGCAGGUCCCCUUCUACAGUGGAGAAGGUGGGGUGCUUCUACAAAAUGCUUGCUUCUGCUGCCGACGAGCACGGAGGCCUGGGAGUCCAGCUUUGGAUCCGCAUCGACACGUGCAUCCAAGUGCUAACUUGGCAAGCGGUGUCGCCCCGGUUACUGUACGCCGUGCUUCGGCGUAAAGACGCCACAUGUUUCACUAUCGUCGCUCACGCGCCUAUUGAACAUGUUGCCGACGACGUGAGGUGUGAUUGGUGGGACUCCCUGACCAACCUCACCCGCACGCUCCUCGUGAAGUACAGUGGGAUGGACUACGCAGUACUCGUCGACGCUAACGCCCGUAUUGGUAGCAUCCCAGGCGUCGGCAUUGGCCCAGUCUGCUCACAGGUCGAGAAUCGCAACGGCCAGCGCCUUCGCACCUACCUCCAGACCUUCGCCCUGGCCGCAGUGAAUUCGUUCUUCGACGAUGCAUCUAUGACUUGGCGGUCUACCCGAGGCCUCUGGUCGCGCAUCGACUACAUCCUGGUGCCCCUCCACGCUCUUCCGGCUGUUUCGUGGUGCCAGACUCUGGAUUCCAUAGCCCUCGCGUUCUCCCUUGAGAUCGAUCACGUCGCAGUUGGCGCCAGGGUUACAUUGUUGUCUCGUUCGCCCUCCUCCACGGCGACUUCUUCUACGGUGCCCUUCGCGCUGAACAAGUCGAUGCUGCAGUGUGGCGCUCGACGAGCAUGGUUCCGCGAUGAGCUGUGGGCGGUGGUGGCUCGCUCCUACAAUUUCGCAUUCCUUGACGUCGACUCCCACCUCGAUGCCGUGAACGACGCGGUACGCGCCGCAGCUUCCAGGGCCUUCGGCGGCCCCCGUGACCAACCGAGAAACCAGUGGAUCUCUUGGGAGGCUUGGGCCUACAUCCGGCAGGUCGCACCAUUGCGCCGCGCCCGGUCGCCCGGACUUCGCGCUAUCUUUCGCCACCGCUUGGCCAUGGGCUUGUACGCGUGGCGCUACGCAGUCUCCACCACCAAGCUGUGCGCCACAAUCCUCAACGUCCAACGUCGUGCCCGGCCGCUUCUCCAACGUGACCGGCAGCACUUCCUAGACAAUUUGGUCCUCAAGGCUGACCGCGCAAUGGACAACGCGGAUUUCCGCACGGCCUAUGCGGUCGUUCGCUCCCUAUCUGGUUCGUGCACUCGCGCCAGCCCGGUGGUGCAGCAGCUGGACGGCAGUCUGGCUACCGACCCCGAGGCCGUGAACGCCAGGUGGACCGAGCACUACGCCGCCGUGUGCAACGGCCAGGUCACCGACACGGUGUCACUUAAGCAGGCGCCCGUAUCUUCCGACCUCCUCACCGCCGCGGAAUUGGACGUCGGGCCCGCGGCCACCCAGUCCUCGUUCGCCCGGCUCGGGCGUAACAAGGGCGUUGGACGUGACAGGAUCCCUGCCGAGCUGCUCGUUGCAGGCGACGCCCCACUCGCCAUUUUGUACUCCGCCAUCAACGAGAGGGUUCGAGAUGAAGGGGCUUGGCCAGUUAGCUGGCGCGGCGGUCGGUUCCAGAGCGUCUUCAAGAAGAAGGGCUCACCCACGAUGUGCGACGACCACCGCGGCAUCUUCCUCGCCGAUCAUUGCGCGAAGGGCCUGACAUCUAUCAUCAAGGAGGCGAUUGACCCUGGGUACUCAGCUCACGUUCCUAAGUCGCAGUACGGAGCAGUGGCCAAACGUGGCACCGAUUACGCCUCGCUGGUGGUGCGGCUUAUGAUUUCUUAUGCCACCCAUGCGCGGAAAUCGAUAUUCGUACUCUUCCUGGACCUUGUGAAUGCGUUUGACAAAGCAAUCCGCCAGUUGGUAUGCGGAUUUGGGCCCAACCCACCGGCGGAUACUACUGCUGCACUUCGCGACCUCGGCGUGUCCGAGCGCGCUGCCGCGUGGAUUUCGUCGUACCUUCGGGAGCAUGGGCCUGUCUUGUUGGGAUGGGGCGCCAACGCCAAGGCCGUCGAGAUGGCCCAGUCCCUCCACGAAGGGCCUCAAGCCGUCGUGCUCAUAGCGGACACGCCGGCUGAGCUCGACGAGUCAAUCGAUGUCCUGUUGGACGUCUUGGUGGAGCUGUUCGACAGUUUGCACUUGGAGCUCAAUUGGAAUCCGGGCAAGAGCGAGUGCCUCCUCAAGUAUAGAGGCCGGGACCUGAAGGCAAUGAAUAGUUGCUGCAUGAGGGGCCUUCGGCGCAUUGCAGGCGCACUUCGUUUCAGCAGCGAUUGCAACAUCGCGGAUCGGCAG